AUGGAAGACGUCCCCAUUUCCCCGAUCUUGACUGAAAAUACACAGAGUUACCACCAACCACUUUCCCCAACAUUUUCAGAGGCGGAUUUGACGCUCGACAAAGAGAAUCGGAUACCACAGACUUUAGAAGAGAAACGGAAUAUAGCUGCACUUCCGCGGAAGCCCAAGAACUCCGUCAACGAAGAAACGUUGAAAGUCAUCCACAACAUGAAUCAAAGAAAAUACAAAGCAAAGGAUAUCGCAAGUGUCACGGAAUUAACUAAAAGUACUGUGUACAAAUAUAUCGAGCGGAUGGCUACAGAGAAGACCGACGAAAUGUCUUCACUGCUUCGAAAGCGUGGGAGAAAGAGAACGGAGAACCGUUCGAUGCAAUCGAAAAUCAUGGAAAUUUGCGACACACCCGGUGAUAAGACUUUGAAAGAUAUUAAAGACAAAUUGAAGGAGGAAGGUUAUGAUAUCUCGAUAUCUUAUCUCUCAAAGAUCAUGAAGAGACUCGGACUCGCAAAGGGAAACACUUUGAAGUCCGGGUUAUUGUCGCAAAAGGAUGACUCGUCUUUUAGCAUGUUCACUCAACAAUUCGAGGACAUGCUCCCACCCCCUACGAACUAA